CAACUACAGUACUGUAAGCGUUUAAUUGUGUCAAAGUGCUAUAUUCAUUCAAAGUGCUGUAUUCGUCUAGGGAAAUGUCAUCCCAAAACAUCCAGCAAAGCACAUCGAAAUUUAAUGAACUACAAACAACGAUGAAGUGACAGGAUAAAAAGUGUUCACUGGGCUUUUAGAGUGCCUAUGACGAACAUCAUAAUAAAUAAAUCGUUGUGUUUGCGCUGAGAAAAGCGGAUCAUCUAAUUUUUCCAAAUGGCGGAAGAAGAAGACGAAAAUGUCCCAAAGGCCCGCAAAGAAAAGGAGAAGGACCAGGGCCCAGAACUGGCACCCGGCGAGGUCAUCAAUCCAAUCGAAUACAAAAUGUUCGACCCGUAUAAUAUGCAAAAAUCUCUGGCCAUUCCCCAGAAAUUCGUCUACAGUUUCCAAAAGGAACUUUCCGGUACGUUGCAGAAACGCCUGAAUGCCAUCCGUCUACGGUAUGGCGCGGAUGAUUCCAAGCAAGUGGCGGACAAAAGCGAAGCCAUGGAAAUCAAAGCCGGACUGCAGCCCUGGGAGGCUGUCGAUCCGGUCAGCGGACAGCUUCUAGAGUCCAUUCCGAUGCGAAAGGAACCCAAAGCCACCGCCGUGCCCGUGGGAACACCGGGAACUGGAAGGGCCCAACCGCAAAUUACACACAUUACGACAUCCACGCUGAACACAAUGCGAGCCGGACUACCGAAAGCGAAAAUGGAGGAUCGCAAUGCCAUGCCAGCGGUCAACAGGCGCAUGACCGCGGCUGAGCCAAAGUUCGAAGGAGCCUUGAAAGCCGAUGAGCAGUUCGAGUACGGGGAUUAUUACGAGACGAUGGAUAAACUGGAUCGGCAGUGGCGGGACAUGGUUGGACAUCGUCCAUCCGAAAUCAAGACGGAUAAGCGCAGUGAUGCUACAAAACUGCGAGAUCCGGGACAGAAAAGAAAGGGGUCCGUGGCCGUCGCCGGUGAGAAAUACCAACCGGGAAAAACUGGCAAAGCAAAACUGCAGAGAAUUGGCACGGGAUAUCCGACAGCGCUGGAAGGGGUCAUCAAUUAUUUUACGGAGACCGUAUCGCCCGACUGUAACCUGGAAUCAUGGCUCAGUCCAACGACCAUUGUCCCGGUGUUUCGCGUUAAAGAUGUACCACCGGAAAUUGAGAAUACAGUGGUAACUAUUGCAAAGGUCACUCACAGUAAAUUCAUUGAUGACCAAGGCAUUGCCAUGCUGCUGCGAUCUGCUUUAGAAAAAUUUGAUAGUUAUGCGUGCAAAUGGCAUGUCAUUGUGGGACGCCGGUUUGGACUGCAGAUAAAUGCCGACAAGGGCUGUUUUCUGUUUAUGUAUAUUGGUCAUCUUGGUUAUGUUGUUUUUCGCACAUUUGGUUAAGAAAUCGGUAAGGAAAAGGAAGUUUAACUUUAGAUAAC